AUGUCUGAACCUCACCAUCUUCACGUUCUACCGUUCGAGCAUUUACCAGCACAAUGCUACACUUUACCAAAAUUGACUUCCCCUCUUGUGGUUUCCGCAAAUCCACGUAAUCAUCACAACCAACGAAACAAAAACUCAAAUCGUCCCAUACCCAUGUCGGGUGGCAAGAGAAAGACGAUCGACGAAUCUGUAGAGGAGGAUAAUGAUGGAGACAAUCCCCAUGGAUGUUAUAACCACAGCAAUGAAUCAUCAUUCUGCCACCACAUGAACAACAAUGAUCAUCACAUUAUUUGUAACAAUCAACAUCUUCUAGUUCCUCAUCAUCAAUUACAAUCAUCAGAGUUGAAAGAGGAAUUUUCCGAACAUCAGCAUGAUGACGAUUACAUGAAUUGCAAAAAAGUGAAAGCCUAUCAUCACAUUUGUAACGAAUAUUCUACAACGGUUGCCAGUAGCAAUCUUUGCGUUCCUUCUCCAUUUCCCACUCUCUACAAACAUUGCCAAACCACGGAUUGGUUUUAUAAUUUUAGCAUGGUUGAAUGUGUUCGAUAUUUUGAAAACUAUGUUGAUGAUCCGAGUGACACUAAUAAUAUCAAAAUGAGUACGAAUGAUUAUUUUAAUUACUGCUAUGAUUUUAACGCGUUACAAUCACACUCAUCAAGCGGGCUUCUUAGACUUUUUAAAGAUUUGGGAAUUUCCUCUUUCUAUGACUACAAAUACUUUAUAUUUGUAUUCUUAUUUAAUUUUCAAUCAAAAUUGUCCAUUUCGAGAAGCGAAUGGAUUUUUGGAAUGUUUAAUUUACGAUGUGACUCAAUAGACAAGCUUCGAUUCAAAAUCAACCAGGUAACUGAGGAAUCUCUUUCAUGGAACUCUGAGCAGAUGAAAAAUUUGUUCACUGUAUCCUUUAAAUUUCUAAGAGACUCAGAAAAGAGUAGAUCGAUUGAUGCUCAUGUUGCCGCUUAUGCUUUGAGAGUUCUAAUGACAGGAAGAAGUCCUUUCACAGAGACAUUCAGUGACUUUUUAAUUUCAGCUGAUAACCCGAUCAAAUCCAUUAAUUUAGAUCAAUGGAAAAUAUUUGUGGAUUUCUCAGCUAAUAUUGCUCCAAACCUUUCUAACUAUGACUCCAAUGAUGCCUGGCCUUCAUUGUACGAUAUCUACAUUAGUACAUCUUUUGGAAUUAACUAA